AUGGUUCCUGGCGAAGAAGAAAAAGGCAUUGUUUCAAGUUCAUCAAAUGACACGACGUCGAAGGAGCCCUCGGCCACCACAGCUCAAGCAGAUCGCCAAAAUCCACUUACCGAUAGCAACGACGCAACGAAGCAAAGCACCCUGCCCGAUGACGAAAACAAGAAACUUGGCCCCAAGCGGUCCGCCAACGUGCGUUACACCACCGUCACCGACUACGCUACCGAUGUAUGCAAAGACUAUAAAAUCACUGGCUUCUGCGGCUUCGGUGAUGGGUGUCGCUACGCUCACGACAGGGCCAACAUGAAGCAGGGCUGGCAACUCGACCGGGAGUGGGAAACCAUCACCAAAGGAAGACGGAACAUUGGUGGAACAGUGGUUGCAGCCGCUAACCGGUCGACGGUCGACGAAGAAAAUGCCAGUGAAGAUGAUGAAUCGCCGAGCAUGGACAUUCCUCGUACAUGCGGGCUCUGCGACGGCGAGUACAAAUCGCCCGUCUCGACAAAAUGCGGCCAUGUCUUCUGUGAGGAAUGCGCCCUCAAAAGGUAUAGAAAAGAUCCAACGUGCGGCACCUGUGGGAGCGCAACCAAUGGCGUAUUCAAUUCGGCGUCUAGAUUAGUCAAGAGGCUUGCGACAAAAGAUGGUUGA